UGUUUCUCCACAGGUGCUGGCGAGUCUGGGAAGAGCACCAUCGUCAAACAAAUGAAGAUCAUCCACGAGGAUGGCUACUCAGAGGAAGAGUGCCGGCAGUACAAAGCCGUGGUCUACAGCAACACCAUCCAGUCCAUCAUGGCCAUCAUCAAGGCAAUGGGGAACCUGCAGAUCGACUUUGGAGACUCCUCCAGAGCGGAUGAUGCUCGGCAGCUGUUCGCGCUCUCGUGCACUGCUGAAGAGCAGGGCAUCAUGCCGGAGGACCUGGCCAACGUCAUCCGGAGGCUGUGGGCUGACAAUGGGGUCCAGGCUUGUUUCAACCGCUCUCGAGAGUACCAGCUGAAUGAUUCUGCUGCCUACUACCUGAACGACCUGGAGAGGAUAGCCCGUGCUGACUACAUCCCCACCCAGCAGGAUGUGCUGCGCACCAGGGUGAAGACCACCGGCAUUGUAGAGACCCACUUCACCUUCAAGGACCUGCACUUCAAGAUGUUUGAUGUGGGAGGCCAGCGCUCAGAGCGGAAGAAGUGGAUCCACUGCUUCGAGGGGGUGACAGCCAUCAUUUUCUGUGUGGCCCUGAGUGCCUAUGAUCUGGUGCUGGCUGAAGAUGAGGAGAUGAACCGGAUGCACGAGAGCAUGAAGCUGUUCGACAGCAUCUGUAAUAACAAGUGGUUCACAGACACAUCCAUCAUCCUCUUCCUCAACAAGAAGGACCUCUUUGAGGAGAAGAUCGUGCACAGCUCCCUCACCAUCUGCUUCCCCGAGUACACAGGGCCCAACAAGUAUGAUGAGGCUGCCAGCUACAUCCAGAGCAAAUUUGAGGACCUGAACAAGCGGAAGGACACCAAGGAGAUCUACACCCACUUCACCUGCGCCACCGACACCAAGAACGUGCAGUUUGUCUUUGAUGCCGUCACCGACGUCAUCAUCAAAAACAACCUGAAGGACUGUGGGCUCUUCUGAGGGCGG